GGUCCAGUGAAAAUCCGAGGAGAGUUUAGGGGCAGGUUGACGCGAGAUGGGAAAUGGGUGUAGAUAAUUGAAGAAAGGAUGUGAGGGGUUGAAACCGAGUUGUCUGUUCUUCGCGAAAGAGCCUCGGGGCCGAAGCCGUCUAAGUUCCCUUUGGUUGUCUCCAUCUUGCUCUGCGCACGUUUCUGGGGGCAUAGAGUUGCCUCUUGUGUCUCCCGCAGGUUCCGGAAUCUUCAGCUCCAGCCCCAGCAGGGAGACCAUGCCGAGACCCAGGAAGAGGCUGGCCGGGGCUGCUGGGCACGACAAGAAGGGACCAGCAGGCAAGCGUACCAAGACUAAGAACCCAGGUGAGGCAUCAGCUAAAGCGGAGAACUCCAGCCCUCAGAAGACUUCAGCCCUUAAAAAAUGUGGGAAGAAUCUAAGCAGCUUCUGGCUGAUGAAGUCUGAGCCAGAAAGCCGACUAGAGAAAGGUGUCGAUGUGAAGUUCAGCAUUGAGGAUCUCAAAGCGCAGCCCAAGCAGACAGCAUGCUGGGAUGGUGUUCGCAACUAUCAGGCCCGGAACUUCCUGAGAGCCAUGAAGCUGGAGGAAGAAGCCUUCUUCUACCACAGCAACUGCAAAGAGCCAGGCAUUGCAGGACUUAUCAAGAUUGUGAAGGAGGCUUACCCAGACCACACACAGUUUGAAAAAAGCAAUCCCUAUUAUGAUCCAUCCAGCAAAAAAGACAACCCCAAAUGGUCCAUGGUGGAUGUGCAGUUUGUUCGGAUGAUGAAGCGUUUCAUUCCCCUGGCUGAGCUCAAAACCUAUCACCAAGCUCACAAAAACAGUGGUGGGCCUUUAAAAACCAUGGCACUGUUCACUCGCCAGAGACUCUCGGUUCAGCCCCUGACUCGAGGUAAGAGCGGGCCCUGUCCUUUGUCACCCACACACCAGAAUGACACGGACAAUUCACAUUUACUAAUUGAUUAAACUUGGGCACAGUACUUAACCUGUAAGGUCCCUGCAGAGGAAAUAUGUUGAGUCACCCAUUACUAUGUACCCAGUGCGCAACAGUGCCUGGCACAUAGUAAAACACUCCAUAGUUCUUGAGUGAAUGACUACCUAACGUGAGCGAUGCCUAGCAUUACUCCCCUAUUCAGAAGAAAAUACAAGACCUAAUUCUUCCUUUCUUUUUUCCCUUUUUUGGUAGAGGAGUUUGAUUUUAUUUUGAGCCUGGAGGAAAAGGAACCAAGUUAACUCACAUACUUGCUGGAAUGGGCAAGAUGUUACUCCAAAGAAACGAAGCUUUUGUAAGACACCAGGUGUGAAGAGGGUUAUGUUCACCUGAGGCUGUGUACAUAGGUGGGUUUUGUGUACUUUUCUCAAUAAAACAGUAGUAUCAGCA